UAGUAGCCGGCGUUUCUUUUUACCGGCAUUUCAGUAUUACACCGAAAAGGAGAGACAACUCGGUGUGCUAUUUAUUUAUUUAUUGUAGUUACUUUAAAAAUUUCUGGAGCCAAACAUGCUCAGCCUGUGCCUUUACGUCCCCGUGUCUAACUCGGACCCGAUUGUGGAACAUUUUGAGUCUAACGGACUGCCGUCGGAGCUGAAGUCUCUCUUUAACAAACUGAGCGUGUUCCUUCCGUCGCAGGAGUUUUCAACCUACCAAAAAUGGCGAAAGAAAACCUUCAAAAGGGAAGAAAAUGACUCAGAUGGACAGCUGGACUUUGAGGACUUUGUUCACUAUCUGCAAGACUAUGAGAAAGAUCUGAAGCUUGUGGUGAAAAGCCUUGACAGGAAGAAUGCAGGCCGUGUUGAUCCUAAGGAGUUCAUGCAGUCUCUUCAGGACCUCGGUGUGCAUAUUUCCCCGCAGCAUGCGGAAAAAGCCCUUAACAGCAUGGAUAAGAACGGAAUGAUAACUAUCAGCAGUGAGGACUGGAGCAACUACCCCAUGGUGGAGAAGACGGAGAACAUUCCUGAGAUCAUCCUCUACUGGAAACGCUCUACGAUAUUCGAUGUGGGUGAGAACCUGGUGGUGCCUGAUGAGUUCACCGUAGAAGAGAAGCAGACUGGGAUGUGGUGGAGGCACCUGGUUGCAGGUGGAGGAGCUGGAGCUGUUUCAAGGACUUGCACCGCUCCCCUGGACCGGCUCAAGGUCAUGAUGCAGGUUUAUGGAUCCCGAACCAACAGCAUGUGCAUCAUGACCGGGCUGACGCAGAUGAUCAAAGAGGGCGGGAUGAGGUCGUUAUGGCGAGGCAAUGGUGUGAACAUCAUCAAAAUUGCCCCCGAGUCGGCCCUCAAGUUCAUGGCGUAUGAGCAGAUUAAACGUUUAAUCGGCAGCGACAGCAAAACUCUGAGCAUCUUGGAGCGAUUUGUUGCAGGAUCUCUGGCUGGAGUGAUCGCCCAGAGCACGAUCUACCCCAUGGAGGUCCUAAAAACUCGUCUUGCUCUCAGGAAGACCGGCCAGUACUCUGGUAUCUCGGACUGUGCCAAGCAGAUUUUCAGGAGAGAAGGACUUGGAGCGUUUUAUAAAGGCUACGUCCCCAACAUGUUGGGCAUCAUCCCCUACGCAGGCAUCGACCUGGCAGUGUACGAGACGCUGAAGAACAGCUACCUGCAGCAGUACGGCACCAACAGCACAGACCCUGGCGUGUUCGUCCUGCUGGCCUGCGGCACCGUGUCCAGCACCUGCGGUCAGCUCGCCAGUUAUCCUCUGGCUCUGGUCCGCACCCGCAUGCAAGCACAAGCUGCAACGGCCGGCAGCCAGCAGGUGACAAUGACGGGUCUCUUCAGGCAGAUCUUGCAGACCGAGGGCCCAACGGGGCUCUACAGAGGCCUGGCCCCCAACUUCCUCAAAGUCAUCCCCGCCGUCAGCAUUAGCUACGUGGUGUACGAGCACCUGAAGACACACCUGGGAGUGACAUCGCGCUGAAACUCACCAACUCAGUCACGUUACUUCAAAGCAUGAAGUGACCCUCAUACACCCCCACCCCCCCAUGUUAGGGAAUCCCAGGGACCUUUGGGCCCCUCCGAGGGUUCGCGUAGUCGUCUCAUUCUGUGAAUGUCAGCUGACGAAAGACGAGAAAGGACACUGAACGUUGGAAAGGCCAAGGUGGAUGAUAUGGACUCUGUGAGCUCAGGUUGUCGGGAUUGCGAUUGCUGCUAUUUAUGUUUUUAAAGAAGUUGUGUUGAGAGCUGAAACGAGAAACGUGAGGAGUGAGUGAUUUUUGUAAAUCGAGGGCCAAAUGUUUUUUUUUUUUUUUUUUUUUUCUUCUUCUGCCAUCUUGUGUUUUGGUGCCUGAGCAAGCGUCCAGUUUCUUUUAACGUUGGCGCGACAUUGCAAGCUUUGGUCAGUCAGCUGAAGAUGCAUCACCAGCACUCGUGUUGUGUAACUCUACUGAAAACAACUCUCAUUCAGAGUAGUUUUUUUUUUUUUUUUACAUGGCAGAUAAAGCAUUAAUAAGCUCUUUAAGAAGUUUUAGUCUUUAACGGUUCUGCCUGUAGGAAUAAAUAAUUGCGUUUCUAAAAUGAGAGGAUUUUGCACACGUGAGUUUGAUGUCUCUCCACCCCCGUCCUGAAUGAAUGAAUGGAUGAAUGGAUGACAGGAUUUUUCUGUGACUGACUAUGGAGUAUUUAUUUCCAUCCGUCCUGUAUUUAUUUUUAUUCUCUAGAAGAGAGCAGAGGUAUAAUGCUGCAUGUUUCCUGUCUGUAGAGCCAAAUGUGUGAUAAGUUAUUAAAAAAAAAAAAAAUGCAGUGUGACUGUAUUCAGGGUGGGGACCUAACUAAGGGCAACAGCCUUAACAUGUGGCUAUCGAACACUAAAUAUAGCUGUCGGGUAAAAUGUUAAAGGGUGUUGGAGUUUGUAAUCACGAGUCACUGUUUCAGCAUCUGAAAACUUUUUUUUUUUUUUUUGUGCUUCAGAUUAUGUCUUAACAGGUGUAGAUGUGUUUUUUGCCCUUUUUUUGAAGGUAUAAAUGUCUUAAUGUUACCCCACAGAUUGUUUAAUUCACAACACUUAUACUGGGGGGGAAAAAACAAGGGCUUGGAAAAAGGAACGGCAUAAUGCACUUUAAUCAAUGCUGGAAGGGCCUCUGAAUGAAUGUCAUAUCAAUCCAAGUAUUAAGAUUGAAUUCUUUUGAAAAGAAUGAGUUUUAGUACUGUUUUAAUGGACCAUGCAAAUAAAUGCAAAUUCUUGUAA